AUGGACACCAGCCUCCCCCCUGAAGACGAACAAACAAAAUCCUUCCUCCACUCCUCCCACUCCUACACCGGAGCAACUCGCAACUCUCCCCUUUCCACCUCUGAACCUCGUUCACACCCUCACGAAUCCCACAAUCUCCUCAGAUCUCGGGCCAACAAAUCUAAAGAACGCUGGAUCUCCCGUACUCGCCUCGUGUUGCGGAUCCUCUCGUUCCUGACUUCGGCGGCCAUCGUAGCUGUCCUCGCGCACGCGGUCUCGGUUUACUACUCCUCAAAGAACAUGUACAUGCGAGACGAAAAGUACGACGUCGAGCUGCGCGUGUGGCCAGCCGAUCUCAAGAUGAAACCGACACUGUUGUUGCUUGGAGCCGCUUCGGUCGCAACCCUGAUGAGUGCGGUGCUCUGUGCGGCGAGCAUUUCGAAAACUGUCCGACGUAUAACAACCGUCAGCACAAUCCUCACGCUCAUCACAUCCGUGAUCGCGAUCGGCCUCUGGAUCGCCGUCGCGGUGCUGUAUAAGGUCGACGAUCUCAACGAAAACGAGCGCUACGACAUGCUCUCAUAUACGUGUGCGCGGAGGCACGAUGCGACACUCGACCAGGCCAUCGGCGACCUCGGCAGCAUGUGCUAUCAGAUGCGAUAUGCGUGGUGGGCCGCGCUGGCUGUGGGCUUGCUCGAGAUAGUGGCCGUGGGUGUCUUCCUCUACGGCCUCGUCGCGACCAGGCGGUAUAGGUCAUACACGCAACUCGACGGGAAUGGGGAGAAAGAGUCAGAUGCCAAGCUCCAGCAUCCACUACGAAUACUGAAGACGGGACGAGGACCACGGCCGUCGUGA